GGUAAUUGGGGACCGCACGAAGCACAUUUUGACCAGAAGCCUCAGUCAUGAAAAUAAAAGUUCUCCAGCAUUCGCCAACAGAGCAUAUGCCACAGCGUAGGGGAGAUCCUAUGCCCAGAUCACGUAACUUGGAUCCCAACGUUCACCCGUUCGCUCGUCACCGCGAAAGGAUGCGUGCAUUGAAUGCAGCGAAGAUGGAGCGAAUGUUUUCGAAGCCAUUUGUAGGGAGCCUAGAUGGGCAUAUAGAUGCGGUGGAAGUUUUAGCUCGAAAACCUCACUCGCUGAACGUGGUUGCAAGUGGAAGUUGGGAUGGAGAAAUAAUCCUGCAUGAUGUCCCUCAAAGACGACAUCUACUACGAUUACCUGGCGCUCAUAAAGGGAAGGUCUCCGGACUGUGUUGGGCGGAAGGCGAUCGGCUUUUGAGUUGUGGUGUAGAUCGAAAUGUGAAACUCUGGGAUACGCGCACCUUAUCAGAUGCGGAUGGUGAGAUGGAGAUUGACGCUGGACCCUCCGAGGGUCGAAAACCGUUAGGAGUCUUUCCUGGAAAAUUUGCAUUCAACUCAAUAGAUCACCACCGUACCGAUCCCCUUUUUGCCACCGCUUCAAAUACAGUCCAAGUAUGGGACGAGACAAAGAGCACAGCGAUAUCUAAUCUUACACAUUCUACUUCCACGGAGACUGUUUCCGCCCUCCGCUUCAACCUCUCCGAAUCCUCCAUCCUCGCGUCCGUAGGUUCCGAUCGCACGUUUACACUGUACGAUAUACGAACUGGCAAGGCAGAGCGCCGAGUUAUCAUGCGAUUCCGUGCAAACGCACUCGCAUGGUCACCUACUUUCCCGACUUCUGUUCUCCUGGCAUCGGAGGAUCAUAACUUGUACACAUUCGAUAUUCGAAAUCUAAACACGCCAACACAGAUCUAUAAGGCACACGUUGCCGCGGUGAUGUCUUGUGAUUGGAGUCCGACAGGUACUGAGUUUGUUUCUGGCGGAUGGGAUAGAACCGUUCGCAUAUGGAAAGAAGGCGUUGGACGUGCACCGGAGGUAUAUCAUACAAAGCGUAUGCAACGAGUGACUUCCUCGAUAUACACGGCAGAUGCACGCUUCGUAUUAACUGGUUCAGACGAUGGCAACGUUCGUAUCUGGAAAGCUCGCGCUUCAGAUAAACUUGGCGUCGUAACGACGCGUGAGAAGGCUGCAAUGGAAUAUCGUGAUAGUUUACGAGCACGAUGGGGUAUGGACACGGAGAUUGCGAAAGUUACGCGGAGUCGUCGUUUACCAAAGCCAGUUUACAAGGCCGCCCAGCUCAAGCAUACUAUGCUCGAAGCUCAGCGCGUCAAAGAGGAACGUCGGCGGAAGCAUACGCGUGCAGGCGAAACCAAACCGAAAGCGGAGAAAAAGAAGGUCGUCAUUGCGGAACAAGGCUAAUAUAUUUGUCUUCAGUUUUACUCUCCCGCUUUACUUGCUUUUCAUCUACUGUUAUCAUUUCCUAUAUUUUUGUUGCACUGUUCGUGUAAUACUGUCAAUGAGACUUUU